AUUUUUAUCAUUUCUUCUUCUACUCUUCAACAUCAAGCGUGCUCGCGUGGACACACUUGACAAGUAACAAUCACAUAGCUAUGCCAGCUGCAACAGUUGCAACUGCUCGUCCUGGUGUGGAUUUUGAAGUGGGUACUUCUAUCCCACCUGCAACGCCUCAUGCAGUCAGCGUCAGUUUGCCAAAAUGGCAAGACAACGUUGAUUAUGAAGAAGGAAGAUUGUCAGAGGUGAUGCAAACAGGAUACCCAAGAUUCUUCAUUCACAGAUCCAUUCAAAAGCUAGCCUCUAUCUUAUUGGUCAGAUUCGGUCAGCGAUCAGCAGGAACAAAUGGUGGAAAUGACGUUGAACCGGAAGCGUGUAUCCUUGUUCCUUCUAGGAAGGUUGCUCGAUCAUGCAAAGCAUUCAUGCAAGAUACAUAUACCAAACAACAAUCAGAGUCAGGAAGUUCAGGAAAAUAUACCAUAUUACCCUUACGAUCAGUUCAAGUGUGCUUAAGCUUGCCGACUUCAUCUACAUCUACACCGCCAAUCUUAUCGGAAGAUUCUGCAAUGGCAAAAUUAUCUAGUUCUUCAGGAUCACUCAGCGCUUCAGCAAAUCUGGAUGAUUGUUCGUCAGCCCAAUCAAAAAUCUCAAUUCAUAUCGUCUUAUUCCCACAGUCCUGCUUCCCAAUCGCUAAAACCUUUUGGCAGCACACAGGAGAUGGAAUCAGCAGUCGUAUGGCAGAAGUGUAUCUUGAGCUACUGGAGCGAAGAGAGAAAGUGACGGGUGGAGAUGGUGUGCCAUCCAGUGCUGGUGGCUCUGCAGGAAAUGUCGUAGGAUCGGCGAACGGGAAAGGCUCUGAAAUCAAAUCUGAUGCAGCAUACAUGAAACAAAGAAGUUACGCUCGCAAUCGUCAUUACUCUCGCAACAACUCAGCGGCGGGUUUGCAUGCAAGUGCUAUCCUUUCUGCUUCUUCAACUCCGCCUACCCCGAUGACCGAAGAGCCAGUCGAUUCAAAUUAUUUGGAAGAACGAUAUGGGCGUAAUAUGGCCACUAUCGAAGCACCUCGAGCGAAACGUGCAUUACGCAAACGCAUUGCUGGAGUGGCGUCGAAUGAUGUCGUAGAGGCGUGCGAAUCGGAAACCACAAACGGCCAAAGUCAAUCGCACAGCAAUCCUGAUGUUAUUGAACGUGCGAAAGGAACACAGCUAAGCGAAGAUGACGUUUACCUCUAUCCGACCGGAAUGAGCGCAAUCUUUCAUGCUCACCAGCUGGCUUUGGGCCUCAAACAAGAGAAAAGCAUUUGCUUCGGUUUCCCCUAUUUGGACACGCUUAAGAUCUUACAGAAGUGGGGCCCAGGAUGCUUCUUCCUCGGUCAUGGAGACGUUGCGGAUCUUGAAAGAUUGGAGAAUUUGUUGAAAGCAGGCGAGAAGAUUGCUGCCUUGUUCUGUGAAUUCCCAUCCAACCCACUCCUUCGAUCUCCGAAUUUGAUCAAACUACGACAAUUUGCCGACGAAUAUGAUUUCUUAAUUGUGAUUGAUGAAACUGUGGGCAACUUUAUCAAUGUGGAAGUGAUGCCAUAUGCAGAUAUUGUCGUUUCUAGCUUGACAAAGCUGUUUACCGGAGAAGCGAAUGGAAUGGGCGGAAGUUUGGUCUUGAAUCCGAAAGGACGACAUUAUGAAGAAUUACAAGAGUUGCAGGACGAAGAAUACGAAGACAACUUUUUCGAUCCGAAUGCGAUCUUCCUCGAACGAAAUAGUCGAGAUUUCGUGCAAAGAUCUAGACGGAUCGAUGUGAAUGCUGGAGUAUUGGUGAAAAUGCUAAAUGAUGCAAAAGAAGGCACGCAUGCUCAUGUGUUGAAGAACGUUUAUCAUCCUACCCUACAAACAAGAGAAAAUUACGAUCAAUGCAAACGUUCGCAAGGCGGAUAUGGAGGUUUGUUCUCUUUAACUUUCCAUACCAUGCGUCAGGCAAUGGCAUUUUAUGAUGCUUUACAAUGCGCAAAAGGACCUUCUCUUGGUACAAAUUUCACCCUUGCAAGUCCUUUUGUUAUUUUAGCACAUUAUACCGAAUUGGAUUGGGCGGCUCAAUUUGGUGUAGAGGCAAAAUUGGUACGAGUCAGUGUGGGAUUGGAGGAUAAAGAAAGUUUGCUACAAAUGUUUAAUUAUGCCUUACAAGCUGCUUCUGUUGUAUGAUGGAAGGAUGACAUUAACGAGACGUUGUACAUUAUACCUCAUU